AUGGCCGAGGUGGAGAAGAUAAAAAUAAUUUUCCUACUUCUCUACCAAAAACAAAUGCUAGACCCAUCUUAUGGUCUUAUCAUUAAUAAGACUAAGUUAAGAAAUCUAAAUGUAAAUAAAGCUAUUGGAGUAGAUGAUGUACAUGCUAGAAUUCUCAAAGAGUGCUCAGAAAAAGCAAAUGAACAUAAUAUACCUGUCGACAUAGCAUUUUUUGAUUUUGCUAAAGCUUUUGAUUCUGUACCACAUGAACGAUUAUGUAUAAAAUUAGAAAAUCUUGGUGUUAAAGAUGAAUUGUUAGGUUGGUGCAAAGCAUUUUCAAAUAAAAGAAAGCAGAGUGGUAAUGGGGGUCUUAAACCAAUAAGAAGAAGAAGAUUGUGUUCUGAAUUAGCAAAAAGAGGUCGUAAAAAUAAGAAUUUUAAAAAUCCCCACCACACUGAAACGAGAUACCCCACUGUCAAAAUCAAUAAAUGA